UGUCUGUCGCAUGUUAGAAACUUGCCCUCUUGCUCUCCUACUGUGUUCUCACAUCAAGUUUCUACCAGGGGGCUGGUCUGUGGAAAAACGCAUAUUCCCCCUCCAGAGAAUGUUCAGAGAUAUUCCAGAGUUUAGUGCAUGUUUGAAAGCAGCUUUAAUUUGAUCGCACACUGGCUCCUUGAUGUUGAGAUCAGGUUUCUGUCCAGAACCAGACCGUCCAGACUGGCUCAUUGUCCUGCUGCAAGGAAUCUUGGAUUAUCCAAGAUUCCUGCCUGGUGAUACUGAUGAUGGAGAACAAUCUAAAAAUCAAGAGCUAAAAACUUUUGAUGUCUCAACUUUUAUAGUCUCAAGGAUCGAUUGUGAGUUGAUAUAAUAGCGGGACAAGCUGGCGCAGCCAAUUACGGAAAGCCUUUCUAGACCAGACGUUCUGAUUUUAGUUCAGUCUUCGAAGGGGGGCGGUCUUGUGGGCUGCAUAGAUGGUGUCCUCAGAAGGAUGCAGCCCCUGAAUUGAGACACAGCUAAUAUUUCCUUGGCGCCACCAUGCCUGGUUGACACCUACACCAUUCAAACCUCCAUUUUGUAUUAGUGCACUGCUCAAAAAAAAUUAAGGGAACAUUCUAUCAUCCUAGUAUGCUCCUAGUAUCAUCCACGUCAGUUACACUUAAGGGAUAUCAAUCUGUCCAUUUAGGAAGCACAAGUGAUUGAAUCAAUUUCACCUGCUUCUGUGUAGAUGAAAGUGACAAAAGGUGCAAUGGAGAGGCAAAAGCAAGACAACCCCCAAAAAGGGAAUAGUUUUGCAUGUGGUGGCCACAGAUAAUUCCUCUCUCCUUCUCUGACUGGCCCUUACGUUCCCCUUACCUGAAUCAAAUUGAGCUGCUAUGGAACGUUAUGUAUUGUGUAUCCGACGCCACCAAGUAUCGCCACAGACUGUCCAGGAGCUCACUGAUGCCCUGAUACAGGUCUGGGAGGAGAUCCCCCAGGACACCAUCCACCGACUCAUCAGGAGAAUGCCCAGAUUUUGUCGGGAGUGCAUACAGCCACGUUGAGGCCAUACACACUACUGAGUCACAUGAUGAGUUGCUGUGAUGAAAGUCAUGCAAGUUCGAUCAACCUCUGAUUUCAAUAUUUACUUUGAUUUUCAGUGUGAUUUUUUUUUUUUAAAUCCAGCCCUUGAUGGGGCUGGAUUUCCAUUGACCGUUAUUACUUAUUUUGUUCUCAACAAAUUAUACAAUGUACAUCAGUAAAGACUUUAAGUGUUCCCUUAAUUUUCUUUGAGCAGUGUAUAUGCUUUCUGUAAUGGAUUUCUAAACUCAAGUCUAAGCUCAAGUGAAGAUAACCUUGAUGACAUUGCUAUGACAUUAUGAGGGUUAUUUUCUCAGAGUAUUACCCCUUUAAUGGAACAGUACAACUUACAACCUAAGUAAACACCAAUGCCAACUCACAAACGGUAUUUAGCUGCUAAGAACCACAUGGUAAAUAGAGUGAAGUGUCUGUUAGCUGUGGACUCACACCACUUGCUAGUGGAGAAAUAAGAGCUAAAAGAGCUGUAACUGCCUAUGUGGAGGAUCAUUUGGUAAUGGCUUGUUGCUCUCACCUUCCUACUGGUGAUCAAAUGGAAUAAACAGUUCUAAUAGAUAGUGUUGUAGUGCAGCGAUAUUCUGGUAGCCAGACAUGAAGUUGGUUAAUUUUUAGCCAAUGAGAUUGCUACAGUAAUGUUAGAGAUUGGAAGAGUGGUUAUGCCUGGACAGGCACACACAAAAGGAGAUCAAAAAACAGGAAGAGCCAAUCCCUCUCACUAUCCUAAAUUGUUUGAUAUUACACUAAAUGCACCUAUAUAUUGCACUUACAUGCAAGCACUUUGUAGUUUGGCUUUUUUGAAGCUAAUGCACUUACAUGAUUCUUGCUGUUCUGGGUUUGUACCCUCAUGUUUGAAUGCACUUAUUGUAAGUUGCUUUGGAUAAAAGCGUCAGCUAUAUGAUAUGUAAUGAAUGAGAUUUUGUGGUUUCUUUGUUGAUCGACCUACUGUUAAACUAAUAUUCUUAAAUCUAAAUACAUCUGUAAGUUUGGAGUGGUCUGACGUUGUGUAUGAGUUGGUUGUGUUUUUCCUGAUACAAAAACUGAACAUAAUCGAUCCAUGUUUUCCACCAUGUACAUUUUUCUUCUGCUGACCUGCGCUCACACUUUAACAAUUAACACCAACACUAAUCAGAAGUAAUUAGGACCUGAAUAGUACUGACGUUUACUUUGUGUUUGUUGAUUCGCUUUAGGGUUUAUGAGGCAUGUAUUUAAACACGUGUGCACUAUACGCACGCAGUUCAUCUGCCAUGACAUCAGUGUUAAGGUGACUGGAAUGAUCCAGAUUCAUGAUCUGACAUCAUCGAUAAAUAACUAAAUACAUGUGGUUCAGUUUUUGUGAACGACAAGAGAUGGACAAAUGCACACACACACACAGGGUGCAGACAGGAGGGAAGUACUUUCUGAAGAUUAUCACACAAUGCAGAUUUGUUUUUAACUUCUUUGUUGCAGGAGAAGCAAUGCCCCGUUUAUCCAGGAACAUAAAUAUUAAUUCAUCGAUAAUCGUUUUAUAAUAAAACCGUAGCCCUCUGAAUCCGAAUCGAAUCGUGACGUGCCUGGAGAUUCCCACGACUAUUGUUAUGGGAAUGAGCUGCAUAAUGCAGUCACUAACAGGUGCAAUUUAAAUGCUGUGUGCAUUUGAUGAAAGACAAAAGUGAAGGAUUGCCUUGUUUCUACUUCCUCAUGGCACCUCAGUGCAGCUUCUUCAACUGUGAGGGGAAGUGUCCUCAACUAUGAUCUGUUAGAUAAAGAUGUUAGAAUGACAUGCUCAACCUGUGAUACCCUGUAUCCUUCUCCCACACUCCCAUUCGCUUUCCAUCUUCUGUGAUGCUCUGUCUAGAAUGUUGCUUGAGGAAUAGAUCCUCCAGGCUGCAGGAGGAAGGAGGUGCAUGUGCGUGUGUGUGUGUAAAAGCCGGAGGCGUAAGGUAGUACCGAUGGGUCCAAGGAGGAAGGCCUCUAAACUCCAGCCUGUUGGGGGCAGCGGUGGACGGGAACUGGUCCACUGUCCCUGUGAGCCCAAGGACUACAUCAACGAGCUGUCCCAUGAAGUCCUCUGUCACAUAUUUAGAUACCUUCCCAUGAAGGACAUCAUGUGUAUGGAGAGUCUGUCCAGAAAGCUACGAGAAGCUGUGACGUUGUACCUGCGAGUAGUAAAAGUAGUGGAUCUAUGUGCUGGUCAUUGGUGGGAAUAUAUGCCUUCAGGCUUUACAGACAGCAGCUUUCUUCUUCUUUUGAAGAAGAUACCAGAUUUGGAGCAGCUAUAUGGCCUACACCCUCGAUACCUGGAGAAGAGAAGAGUUCGAGGCUAUGAGGCUUUCAGUAUACCAGGAGUCCUGGAGGCACUACAAGCUUGUCCCAAUCUGCUGGGUGUGGAGACAUCCCAUCUGGAACUCGUGGAAGCCAUAUGGAACUAUAUGCCCCAAGUUCACAUAUUGGGAAAGUUCCGCAACCGCAAUGGGGCUUUUCCGAUUCCUGCUGAGAACAAACUGACCAUCCCCAUAACUGCAAAGAUUCAGACUCUACAUCUAGUGGGUGUUAAUGUCCCAGAGAUUCCCUGUGUUUCCAUGCUGCGCCACCUUUACCUGAAGUGGGUCCGUCUCACCAAACCACAGCCGUUUAAGGACUUUCUGUGUGUGAGCCUCAGAACCUUUGUCAUGCGGAAUUGUGCAGGGCCAACCAACUCCCUAAAAUACGUUCCCUUGGUAACUGGUUUAGCAUCAGCCCGGAACCUGGAGCAGCUAGAGCUGGUGAGAGUUCCCUUUCUGGGAGGGCUGAUCCAACAUGUCGUGGAGGAUAGCUGGAGAUCAGGAGGAUUUCGGAACCUCCACACCAUCGUGUUUGGAGCCUGUAAGAAUGCUCUGGAGGUGGACUUAGGCUACCUCAUUAUCACUGCUGCUCGCAGGCUUCAUGAGCUGCGUAUCCAGCCUUCACUGACUAAAGAUGGAGUCUUCUCAGCUCUCAAAAUGGCUGAACUAGAGUUUCCGCAGUUUGAGACACUUCAUCUUGGAUACGUGGAUGAGUUCCUGCUGCAGUGUAAGAUGAGUCAUUCGGAGCUUGUGAAGUACGGUCUGGCUGAUGUCAUUGAAAACCCAGGCAUCAUUACUGAUAUUGGCAUAAAGGUUGUGAACGAGGUGUUCACUAAUAUUAAAUACCUGCUCAUCUACAACUGUCCUCACCUGCAUAAUCCUCACCACUGGAUCACAGAUCAGUCCAGAUGGAGCCGUCUCGUUGAUCUCACCCUUGUUCGCUGUCAUGCUAUCAAAUUGGAAUCCUUCUCCCAGUUCAUAGAGUUACUACCCAGUCUGGAGUUUAUCUGUCUAGACCAGAUGUUUAGAGAACCACCGAAGGGCUGUGCCAGGGUGGGCCUGAGUGCAGGAACUGGUAUUGGCGUGUCCUCUGCAUUGGUCAGCAACCAGAACUCCAACAAUGACAAUGAGAACAACAACCACCACCACCACAAUAAUGAGGCCAACUUGCCCCCUGCCCCCCCACCUGUCAACAACAACCAAAGGCAGCAGCAGAACCAGCUUCAGCAGCAUAAUGCACCGGUUGCAGUAAAUGGUAUGGAAGAUGAGGAAGAAGAAGAAGAGGAGGAGGAGAUGAUCUUGGAGGAAGACAACAUGGAGGCUGAACCACAGAUGGAGGUGAAAGUAGCAGAAGGGGGUGUGAGAGUGGACGAAGCUGACAUAGCUCCAGGGAACAGUUGUCCAGCUGGAACACUGCAACCUCUUGAUGAAGAGCAAGCAGGUCCCAGUGGUUUAGUCCAGCAGUGCAGAACAGCUGGUGCUGUUGUUCCAAAGCCCCAGCUGGUCAUCUCAGACUCGGACAGUGAGGAAGAGGAAGGUCUUGUUUCAAGGCUGAUGCCAGCUUCCUGUUUGCAGCAGCCAGCAUCCUUUACAGAAGGUAAAGGAAAGACUCCUCUGCGGAGAAGCAACAAUGUGGCUCUAUCAGUGUCAGUGGACAAGACAAAGGUUCAGGUGUCAGACAGCAGCUGUGAGAAGAGCUGUCAGGUGACCAGUGAGCAGAUCAAGGCAGAUAUGAAGGCUGCUGCUGAUAACAGCAGGAGGACAAGCAGUAAGGGAAUAACUACAGAGUCUCGGGAGACCACUCCAAGGGCUGACAGUUGGACAGAACAGAGCUCUGGGAGUACUGGGGCAGCAGCAAGGACUGAGCUGAGGCAAGUGACUGGAUCUGUUGUCAGAAAUGGAGCUGGAGCAGCCACAUCCAGGCAGGUGGAUAGAUGUGGGAGGGUGGUGGUGGGCAUGAGCCAUAGAACAAUUACAACCACUGAAAACCCCUCUGGAGCACUGACUGGGAACACAAGGGACUCUGGGAUGCGGCUGAGCUCUAGUCCUGCCAGUUUAGAGCCCAGAGGUGCUGCUGUAGACCAUGCUUCUAGGAGACCAGCACUGGUUGGACAGGGAGAAAGCCAACAUGUCCCUGAUACUGGUUCAGGUUCACAACAUGCUCCUGCCAGAGACGAGGACUUUGUUCCUAGAAGACCUUUGACCCGUUCUUGCACACGUAUGUCCUCUGUGUCCCUGGUACCUGAGACAGAUCUGUCAAGAGCCAGGCCUCGAAUUGCAGUGAGGAGGAAACGAAUGGCUGACAAAUCAACCAGCACCUCAGACCCAGUCACUGAGGAUGACCAUGUACAGAUUUUAUCUCUGAGGAGCAAGAACCUGGUGGGCAUCACUCUAACCAACUGUGGAAUCACGGAACUGGUCCUCAAGGACUGCCCCAAGAUGAUGUUCAUUCAUGCCACCAGAUGUCGAGUGUUGAAGCAGCUGAGAGUAGAAAGUGCCCCCAUAGUGAACAGGUUUGACUAUGCUCAAUGUAAGAAGCUGGACAUGGAACAGGUCCUGGAUCAAAUUUUGAGAAUGCCUCCUGAGCGGAACCGCAUCAUCUAUAUGCGCCCUAUGCAUCGGAUUGACACAGUGGCAUUGGAGCGUCAGCUUUUCCAGGGACCAUAUCCCUACCACAUUGCCGUAGUGCACGAAUUCAGCAACCCUCCAAACAUAAGGAACAAGGUUCGCAUUCGCAGCUGGAUGGACACAAUAGCCAACAUCAGCCACUGCUGAUACAUCAUGGCAACGUAAGCAAACACGUGCAGGAAACACUGGAAAUCAUCAUCCUGCAGCAUCCUCCGGAAGCCAGAUGCCUCCCUCACUGUGGCACUAUCAAAUGAGUUGUCUGUCUUGAUGGUUUUUAAUCACUCUAUGCGGUCAUCUAGGUUCUCAUAAACAGUGUUCACAAUUCUGCUGUUGAAGUUCCAUCUUGUGGAUGAUGCUCUUGACAGCCUUUGUGCAACAAUCUGGUCAAGAAUGCCAGUGCGCAAUUCCACUGAUAUCGGAAAAGAAAACUCACUGCUGGGAUGCAAGAAGUGGCUUGCUGCAUAAAGAAGUUAAGCUGAUGUGCGUAGCAAUGCACAUAAUGGGCAUUUUCAUAAUGUUCAUGCAUCUUUUGCUGCACACCAGCCCUCUCUCCCAUCAUCACACUGGCACUCGUAUGCUUGCGCGAUAAGUUUACCUUUUUUUCCUCAGAGAUAAGACUGUUCAGUCUAUCCAAAAUCACACUGGCAAUGGAGUUGGCCGUUGCGUCCAAGAUAGGGACAAACUCAAAGAAACGUUCGUGCACAGCAUGGUUCCUGUCGAUGUAUCUCAACACAAGAACCAACUGAGUUUGGGUAGAAACAUCCAUGGUCUCAUCUGCUUGGAUGGCUACGAAUCUAGCCGACUUCAUCUCAUGCAUGAUACGUUCCCUGAUGACUGAUAACAUGCAAUCCAGUAGCUCAUUUUGCACAGUCUUUGACGUGCCCCUGAAGACUGUUUUCAGGUGUUCCUCAAACACCUCGUCUAGCGACAUCACUAAGUCGUCCAGUCCACGAAAAAUCCCAGGGUUACUGGAGCCCUCAUUUUCAUCUUUGCCUCGCAAAGCUAACUCGAAUACUCCACAGAACUUCAAACAAUCAAUAAGACGGGCUAAAAUGUGACGAUUCUUGUUUACCUCAUCGUUGUGACGGUGCAGAACUGACCUGUGGCUCUCGCUCAACUGAGUGGCAAUGUUGACCCUCCCAAACACCGAAAAUUUCAGGCAACUGUCCAUAUGCAUCUUUGAUGUUUCGUGCUUUUUCACCUUCUCUGACAGAUGCAUGUCACUGACACCCGUAGUUGUCCACGCUGUGUCCGUGCUGCCAUCAGGGGUGAAAUAUAGAAUACAGGGGUAGCAAAACAAGGCGUUAGCUAGUUCGCAUCCUGUUAACCAGGUUUUCCGAUCAUACCAGCUCCAUGAAAAUCCCCACUUAUAGCAUUUCCCUCCUUUUGUAGAUGCUUGCUUGAUGUUUAAAUUUUUCGCUCUCUCCAUGCUCUCUUCCCUCCUCUCCUGAUACAAAAAUAUGCAUGCCCGUAGGAGAGUUUUAUGGAUGGGUGGGGGAGUGUGCUGUCUGCUGUGAGAAGGGCAUUAGAAGAGAGCGAGAGAAGUGAAACAAUAAGAAUUUCAUGCUGACGGCUUAAAACAUUCACGUGACCAUUUGUACACGAUGGUCGCAAUAUAGUCAUUUAAUACAUCUCACGUGGAACAAGCCGGGAUAUAUUGAGUAUAUUUGAUAUAUCGCCCACCCCUAAUAGCAACUAAACAUAAUUUUAAUUAAUAUAAACACAGACAGAUGAAGAUGGUUAUUAGACAUCAUCUUCUUAACCAAGGUGAAGUCGGAAGAGAUGUGUCUUUAGCCUGCGGCGGAAGAUGUGUAGACUUUCUGCAGUACUGAUGUCAAUGGUGAGCUGGUUCCACCAUUUUGGAGCCAGGACAGCAAGCAGUUGUGUAAUAAAAAGUCCGGACAAAAUAUCUGCUUUUGUUAAAAAAUGUUCGGUGACAGUGAAUGCUUGCUGGUGCUACUUAUGGCCAGAGUAUUUAGAAGCUCCCCUGGUUUCCACUCCUUCCGGCAUGUUUUUACUACACGUAACAAAUCCAAGUUGCUUGCUAUGCCUGUGUUUUGGAGAUUUGCAAACUUUGGCUGAUGCUGGACGUUAUUGACUAAAUCACCACAUUAAUCAUGGUAAUUAAAGAUUGAAAUGGUUCUACUUUCUGUUGGGAAUUUUAUUACAGUACAUAUUGAUACCAGAAACUGCUUCAUCCCUUGUCAAAUCUCACCAGCUCAUUAAACUUCUACCAUUAAGAACUGGGAAGCCAAGUCAUUUUUCGCUCCUAUAGGUACUGUCAGUUGGCACUUUAUUUGGAACACCUAUGCAAUCAACUACAAUCCACUUAGGCUGCUCUGCAGUAAAAAUACUUUUCUGAUGGUUAUGAUGUUCAGUUGUUGCACUGUUCACAUGCACAAGGUGCAUCUGAAGGAGGAUGAAAAAUAGAAACAGCUCUCAGUAGAAUACAAAUUAAUACAAUGCCACCUUAGAGAAUUUACACAUUUCCCACUAAGUCACCACAAACUGAAGCCUGUAAUAUCACAGCUGUGGGUUUGAACUUACAUUCAAGAUACAUUGUUCAAAUGUACUGUACCUGAGUGUGUGUGUGUGUGUGUGUGUGUGUGUGCAUUUAAUACAUAGCUGCUUUCAACUUGAUGUGUAAUUCCUUAGGUAAGCAUACAUAAAUGAACAGUUUUCACCAUGUAGAAAAAUGCACUAGGAAGAUGCAUGGACACACAAGAGAUGGACAGAUGAAGCAUGUUUGAUUAAAUAGAUAGUUGAGCCAAGAGAUAAUCAUACUCAUUUGAGUUACUAGUAUCAAGUCCACAAAAUUUCCUUUUUAUUUAGAGAUCUGUAACAACCAAUCUAAUGACACCCAAAGUUUAACUCAUUAUUAAUGUUUCGUCACUCAUACAUUGUUGUAGUAUGAGACAUAUGUUAUUCGGAACAUUAUCUGUGACUCCAUCUUCUGAUCACUGUGUUUGUUUGUCUUUC